AUGGACUUUCGUCAGUUCGAGCUAGCGCGUAGCGAAUUCUGCCCCGGAGGCGCCGACACGUUCACGCUGCGCCUGGAAUUUCGGAGGAAGGCUGGAGGGGGCGGAGCGGUGAACAAGUCGAAGGCGUCCACCCCGCGCUUCGUCGAGCCGCCGAGCAGAGAGCUGACGCCGUCCGGGGAGACGACGGACGAGUCAAUGUUCCCGGAGGCCGUCGCCGUCUACGUGCCGCCCGUCUCCGAAUCGCCAGGCCACACGACGGGCAGUUGCUCGGUGGCUAGCUCGGCGUCGCGAGGCCGUGAUCUGCAGGACAGCCGCGCCACCACCAGCCUCGAGCGCGACAUCAACAAGGCCACCAACUUCCUGCAGCGCGUGCGGCCGAAGCGCGCGAGCACCACCACGUCGACGACCACGGGGGGCACCGGCACGUUCAACGGGAUGGAUGCGACCGUGUGCCCGGAUACGCCGGAUCCAGAAAAUGACUACGUCAGGUGCUGCGCCCACGGGACCGAGAAGUGCAUGCAGAAGCGCAAGGACGACGCCGGCCUCCAGAACGACGACCCGCUCGAGCGCCUCUACACUGCCCUCAACAAA